AUGAUUAACCGAAACGAGGAACACAGAGAAAAUUACAUCGGAGACUAUUGCGUGGAUAGCAACGAGUGUGUGACUGUUAAUUCGGAAUGUCGGACAGGGAUUUGCCAGUGUAUACCUGGAUAUAGUUUCUCCCCCAAAACACACGAAUGUAAAGGAGAAAAUUACAUCGGAGACUCUUGCGUGGAUAGUAACGAGUGUGUGACUGUUAAUUCGGAAUGUCGGACAGGGAUAUGCCAGUGUAUACCUGGAUAUAGUUUCUCCCCCAAAACACACGAAUGUAAAGAAUGUACAAACUAUGGAAACGACUAUUGGGAAAUCAUGGAUCAUUAUAUCAGCAAGAAAAAUCUGGAGACUUUAGAUGGCGUAACUUUACAAGAGUGUUUUAACCUUUGUAAUUCACGCACGGAAUGUACGUGCGUUUCAUUGGAGUACGGACGAGCUACGCAAGUGUGUUAUUUGGCAAACAUUACCGUUUUACAUUACCCGGAACGUUGGUAUCACGAUUCAGUUCAAACUUUUGAGAUCGCUUACUAUCAAAGAGAUUGUGAGUAACUCGAUAUAUAUCACAAAAUAUAGUUUGCAUGCAAGAUAUGGAACACAAUAUCGUUUUCCCUUAUCAGGAAUAUCAUUUUAUUUAUCCUUAUAUCUUCAAUUGCAGCGAAUAGGUCCUUCACGAUACCCCUUACAAAGUUAUCCAAUACAGCAAUGCUAUGGCAUAUCUAUAAAGUCAUCAAUCUCGGACAUUGACUAAUAUAGCAUUAAUUACCUAUUCCUGCCAGCGAUGGCACAAAGUCAAUAAAAACAGGUUUAUCUUUGUAGGAAGAUAGUUCGAAAAAGGACGCUUUCAAAUAGGGCAUGCAAACGGCUAUAUGAAAUAUGUUGAAAUUGUUUGCGUAUUUUCUGAUUGUUUCAUGUGUUUAGUACUUCACUUAAAACCACUUUUAACAGAUUACCAAUU